AAUGAGCAGAACAGGUCUGAUUAUUGAUGAGUUUGAAAAAUUCUCUUCUGAAAUUUCGAAUAGAAAGGUUUCUACUAGAAAAAAUAGACCUAUAUACACUUAAACAAUAAGCGUAAAACGAUACCAUAAAAUACCCUUAAGAACUUAAUAAAUGCUUUUUGAACAGGUAUUUAAAAAUGGUAAAAAGAUAAAACAAGUAUUUGUAUUUUUUAAUUUUAAGGCAGCAAAGGAAUUAAGAAUGAAUUAUUCAAGUGCUAAGUCAUUAAUCCAUUAUUAUAAAACUGAAAAGAGGCCAAUACCAGAUUAAGUGAAAAACUUGAUUGUUAAGAAAAAGUAAGCAUAAAUUUGCUCAAUAGAGAAAAAAAAUGAACAACAUCUCACUCUAUUUGUAGAAAUAAAAAUCAAUCAUGAAAUAAUUAACUCUUACAACUACUUUCAAAAACUUCAUAAUGAAGUUAAAGAAGAAACAAUUUGA